AUGGAGCGCAUCUACUUGGACAAAAUGAAAGCCACGUUGCACCGGAAAUCAGGAAUUUCAACAUCAUAUCCGGUGUACACCGGCGACUUCCGGCGACACGAGCCUCUCACUUCCGCUGCAGCUCGUAAUGGAUUCUCGAGAUGUACCGGUGAUGUAACUGCUUGGACACAAUGCUAUUACACCACUAAAGAACCUGAAAAAGAUAUUUUUAAAGUACCAGAGUCCUUAAAGAAUCACAAAAUAUUUAAAAAUUACAAAAGCAAUAUUAUUCAACGUAUCUUCAGGGAUAUGCCAUUAACAACGGUCAUCGAUUUGGACACAUCUGCCUCUGCAAAUCCUCAAACAGAAAUAUCUUAUCCAUUGAAGAAUAUUCAAUUCUUUUUAUAUGGUAAACUUAAAACUCCUAAAGAAGAUCUCAAGCUUAAUAUAUUGAAAUUAGGAGGACUUGUAGUAAGCAAACUUACAGAUACAACUGCGGCUGUAGUUACUACCAAAGAAGAAUUAGAUAAACAUUCUGCUAUGAUACAAACAAUUCAAAACAAAGAUAUAGAAGUAAUUGAUGAAUCUUAUUUUGACCUCAUUAAUGCUGAAAAUGGUACAGUAAUAGACUCUCUAAGACUUAUUAAGGAAAAAAAUAUAGCUAGUUGGGGAUCUGAUCUGUUUAAAAGAAUACCAAAAAAUGUGUUGGAUGGUAAAGUUGAACCUAAAUCAGGAAACAUGUAUAAAAAUUCAAAACAUGUAGAAACAAAAUCGGUGAUAAAAGAUGGCCAUCCAAUUGACCUGAAAUCCGGUCUUCAAAACAUUGCACAUGUUUACAAGGAUAGCGAAAAAGCUUUUUCAGAGGUUUUGAGUAAAUUCAGCGUGGAAAAUAACCAAAAUUCAUAUUAUAAGUUACAAUUAUUAGAAGCUGAUGACGAAAACAAGUAUUGGGUUUAUCGUUCUUGGGGAAGAACAGGCACAACAAUAGGUGGUUAUCAGAGUGACCCCUUUACAUCCAUAGAUGCUGCUAAAGAACAUUUCCUAAAAAUUUAUACUGAAAAAACAGGUGAUGACUGGAUUUCAGAAGAAUUCAGCAAAAAGGCCAGAGCUUAUGUUCCGAUUGAUAUAAGUUAUGGAGAUAUUAAACAAUCGACAAUUCAAUUUGAUUCUGAAGUUAAUUUGCCAAAAUCAGUUCAGUCUUUAAUUACAAAAAUAUUUGAUACUGAAAUUAUGAACAAAACACUUCUAGAAUUUAAACUUGACCUUGAUUUAAUGCCUCUUGGAAAGUUGUCAAAAUCUCAGAUCAAAUUAGGGUACAGUGUACUAGCAGAUUUACUUCAAGCAUUUGAUAAUAAUCUUGUUGAUGAAAAGAAGAUCAAAGAUGCUUCAAACAGAUUUUAUACUUUAAUACCUCAUAGCUUUGGAACUGAUGGUAUAAAACUUUUAGAUUCGCCAGAUUACAUCAAACAAAAAAUUGAAUUAUUAGAUAGUCUGCUGGAUAUUGAAAUUGCAUAUAAAUUGUUGCAAUCACCUUCUGAUGGUUCUCUCAGUCCUAUAGAAUCUCAUUAUCUUAAAUUAAAAGCAGACAUUAGACCAUUAGAUAAAACGAGUCCCGAAUUUGAACUUAUUUCUACUUACAUGAAAAAUACGCACGCUCCGACACAUUUGAAUUACACACUUGAAAUUGAGGAACUUUUUGAAGUUAUCCGUGAGGGUGAAGCAGAACGCUAUGAAAAAUCUAAACAAUUACAUAACAAACGUUUACUUUGGCAUGGGUCAAGAAUAACAAACGUAGUAGGUAUUCUUUCUCAGGGUUUGCGUAUAGCACCCCCUGAAGCUCCUGUGACGGGAUACAUGUUUGGCAAAGGUAUAUAUUUUGCAGACAUGUCUUCAAAAUCCGCUAACUAUUGUUUUGCAAAUAAAACGAAUACUACAGGAUUUGUUCUACUAUGCGAAGUAGCUCUUGGCGAAAUGAAGAAAUGUUACGCUGCCCAAAAUAUUAAAAAACUGGCUGAGGGUACACAUUCUGUGUGGGGCGUUGGUCGAACGCAACCAGAUCCUUCACAAAACAAGGUGUUGAAUGACGGUGUUAUUGUACCACUUGAUGAAACUUACAGAAAUGGUAUGUGA